AUGAUACUGCCCUUGUUUCUUCCGCUGUUUCUCGUUUCAUCCAUAACCUUAAUUCCCACAGCACAAUCUAAGCUUUCUCUAAAUUAUUACAGCAAAACAUGCCCUGCGUUCCUUGAUGUUGUACAGCAAAUAAUCACCGACAAGCAACUAGCAGCUCCAACUACAGCUGCUGCCACUCUCCGCCUCUUUUUCCAUGAUUGCAUGGUCGGAGGAUGUGAUGCAUCCCUUCUAAUCUCCUCCACUAGCUCAAACAACGCUGAACGAGAUGCAGAUGACAAUCGAUCCCUCCCCGGUGAUGGAUUUGACGUCAUUGUGCGAGCCAAAACUGCGCUCGAGCUCAGAUGUCCUGGCAUUGUUUCUUGUGCUGAUAUUCUGGCUGUAGCUACAAGAGAUUUAGUCACAAUGGUUGGAGGUCCGUUCUAUGAUGUUCGCCUUGGGCGGAAAGAUAGCUUCACCUCCCAUGCCAUAGAUGUAAAAGGCCAUCUUGCUACGCCUAACAUGUCAAUAACAGAAAUCAUUAACAUCUUUGCAUCGAGAGGGCUCGAUGUAAAAGACAUGGUGGCGCUAUCUGGUGCACAUACAAUCGGAUUCUCCCACUGUUCACAAUUUAGCCAUAGGAUUUUCAACUUCAGCACGUCUUCGCAGUUUGAUCCAUCCUUGAAUCCUAAAUUCGCCAGAGAGUUACAGAAAUUAUGUGCUAACUACACGAAAGACGAAGAAAUGUCAGCCUUCAAUGAUGUUAUGACACCAGGCAAGUUUGACAACAUGUACUACUCCAACCUGCAGAAAGGAUUAGGAGUGUUGGUUUCUGAUCAAGCUUUGGCGUCUGACCCCAGAACUAAACCUUUUGUGGAUCUUUACGCAGCAAAUCAGACCGCAUUCUUCAGAGACUUCGCUCAUGCAAUGGAAAAGGUGAGCGUGUUUAGCGUCAAGACUGGGAAAAAAGGAGAGGUGAGGCACAGAUGCGAUGCUUCCAACAAUCCCCAAGCCAGUUAG